AUGUCAAAAACAAAAAAAGUAGAUACAGUAGAGCCUGAGGCAAACGAAGCAGAAACUUUCAAUUAUUACAAAGAACGAUGCAAAUAUUCUGAGUCGCUAGACAGAUCAGUUGCUUACCCCCAUAAAUUUGCGUGUUCAAUUUUAAUUUCGCAAUUCAUUCAGAAAUAUGACUACUUAUCUGUUGAAGAGCGUCUCAAUGAUGUUACUGAAACAGUUGCAGGUAGAGUCAUGCGAAUUGCUGGUUCAUCCAAUAAACUAGCAUUUUUCGAUCUCGUGAUGGAUGGCAAGAAGUUACAAGUCUUUGCGGACGCUCGCGAGUUCAAUCACGGCGUUGAAGCAUUUAUCGAUGUGAAAAACAAAAUCCAUAGAGGAGAUAUUAUUGGUAUUACCGGUAUUCCAGCGAGGACGAAACGUGGUGAAUUGAGCAUUUAUUUGAAGGACGUUGCAAUAUUGUCUCAUUGUUUGCACAUGUUGCCUAAGCCACAAUACGGUUUAAAAGAUCCUGAAGUACGAUUUAGAAAGCGUUAUUUAGAUUUAAUAAUCAACACAAGCGUGAGAGACUCAUUUGUCAUUAGAUCUAAAGUUCUCCAACACAUUCGCAAAUAUCUCACAGAGCGCGAGUUUUUAGAAGUCGAAACCCCGUUGAUGAACCAAAUCCCAGGUGGAGCAAAUGCAAAACCAUUUGUAACAUAUCACAAUUAUUUGAAUUUGCAGUUAUACAUGCGAAUUGCGCCAGAACUUUACUUGAAACAACUUGUCAUUGGUGGUUUGAGCCGCGUGUUCGAAAUUGGAAAAAACUUCCGAAACGAAGCGAUUGACUUGACGCACAAUCCUGAGUUUACUGCAGUCGAAUUUUACAUGGCUUUUGCAGAUGUCCAUGACAUGUUGAAAAUGACCGAAGAUAUGGUUAGUACGCUCGUUAAAGAGGUCACUGGAAGUUAUGUGAUCACAUACAACCCCGAAGGUCUUGAAAAGCCAGCUGUAGAAAUAGACUUUACUCCUCCUUGGAAGACUCUUUCAUUUGUGGGUGAAAUAGAAAAACAAAUAAACGCAGCCAUUCCUCGGCCGCUCGAGAGUGACGAAGCCGUGAACUUUAUGAUUAAUGUUUGCAAUAAAUAUGACAUUGACCUUCCAUCUCCUGCAACAAGUUGCAAGUUGUUGGAUAAACUCUGCGCUCACUUCGUCGAGUCACAAUGCCGCAACCCAACAUUUAUAAUUGAUCACCCACAACUUAUGUCCCCUUUAGCAAAAUGGCACAGAUCUAAUUCUGAGUUUGCUGAACGUGGGGAACUCUUUGUACUUGGACGCGAGCUUGCCAACUUUUACACAGAACUUAACGAUCCUAAAACGCAGUACGAGUGCUUUUUAAAACAAGCACAAGACAAAGCGAAAGGUGACGACGAAGCUUGUUUUAUGGACAAAGAUUAUUGUGUAGCACUUGAGUACGGACUUCCGCCAACUGGUGGUUGGGGUUUGGGUAUCGAUCGGCUAAUAAUGUUUUUAUCAAACCAUUACAACAUCAAAGAAGUUAUUGCUUUUCCUGCGAUGAGACCGAUAAAAAAAAACUUGGCGGCGCCAGAACAAGCAUAG